AGAGGAUUAUCCAGCAAGAACAAAUAUAGGUAAAGAUGUUAUCUUUUGUGACAGUGGGUCUGAAAGUCACAUCGCACUCACCAAACCAAACCCACGACUGUAUGCGGCGGUCAUGAAUACUGAACCAGACACUUGCCUCUCGUCUCUCAGGUCUUAGCUGUUUCACCAAAACUCCACAGUCAAAGAGUAUUACGGACAAGGACACCAUGAUAAAAUCCCAGAAAUAACACAAGGCAAUUCGCAGAGAGAGAGAGAGAGGGAGAUGGCGGAUAGUUCCGGUUACAAGGAGUACUUGGCAGGCUUGAUUGCCGGCGUGGCCACCGUUGGAAUCGGCCAUCCCUUUGACACCGUCAAGCUAUGGUCGUCUUGAAAUCGAAUUUCUUAUGCGUGGAAUACUUAUUGAAUUAGGUAAAGAUGCAAAAACACAACACUUCAGCACAAGGGAUUACGUACAGGAAUAGUUUGCAUUGUACUGCAAGGAUACUAAGGACUGAAGGGAUUAAAGGACUUUACAGGGGGGCAACAUCAUCUUUCGUGGGAAUGGCUUUUGAGAGUUCACUCCUUUUCGGCAUGUAUUCCCAGAUGAAACAGUCACUGCAGGGAAGUGCACAAGGUGUAGGGCCACAGCCCCAGGUCAUAAUUCCAUCUGCAGCUUAUAGUGGAGCAGUCAUCAGUUUUAUAUUAUGCCCGUCGGAGCUUGUGAAGUGUAGGAUGCAAAUUCAAGGCACAGACUCUGUGGUUCCAAUGUCCAGAAGAUAUGGCAGUCCUCUUGAUUGUGCCCUUACAACUGUGAAAAAUGAUGGGGUCAGAGGAAUUUUUCGAGGAGGUUUUACAACAUUGCUAAGAGAAGGUAUUGGGAAUUCAGUCUUUUUCAGCGUUUAUGAGUAUGUCCGCUAUUUCAUGCAUUUGCAACUGAGGUCUGCUUCACCCGACCACAGAAACUUGAUUGAUGUGGGAGUUGGGAUUGCUAGUGGAGGCCUUGGUGGUAUAGCUUUUUGGUUGGCUGUUCUACCCUUGGAUGUGGCAAAAACCAUAAUUCAGACGACUCAAGAUAAGAAUUCUUCGAGAAAUCCAUUUUAUAUCCUGAGCUCGAUUUACAGAAGGGCUGGAUUGAAAGGAUGCUAUAUUGGCUUGGGUCCUACUAUUGUUCGGGCUUUUCCUGCUAAUGCAACCGCAAUUGUCACCUGGGAGGUGGCCAUAAAACUAUUAGGCAUCAAGCGCGACUAAGGAUUCUCUUCUCUACAACAACCAAAUGUGUCUAACCUAUUUGGCAAUUCCUGAAGCACAUUUAGCCAGAGAAAAUUCUUUCACCCGGACGAACUCCUAGGAUGUACUGUGCACUUUUUUUUGAAUUAAGGAGUGCUUAACAUUUUUCUACAAGAAAAUGUUUGGUGAUUGUUGUGAGAUUGUUUUGUUGGAUCCUUUCCAAUUGUACUGAUUGCGGAAAAGUUUGUAUCGACGGAUUUCACAUA